AUGAUAGAAAAUGUUUUCUAUAAUACUGACUUCUUAAAAAACGGAGGAACUUCCGAGCAGUUCUUUAACCAAAUAUCAUAUCCUGUGUAGUUAAACGAUCUAUAUGAGAUCAGAGAUACUUGCUAUUAUCAUCAAGCUAUGGAGUAUUGUCCAGUGCUUAUCGAAAUCAUGGAUGAAAGACUGAAGACACACUAUGGUGGCAACUUCUUGAUCUAAGUAUGGAACAAAAAAGGAGAGAAAUGCUUUGAGAAAGUUUUACAAUAUAGAGUGCAUUCAUGGAAUGUAUUCACUGAUCACUUCAUUUACAGACUGCACCCAGACGAGGCUGGAGCAGAGUGGAUCUACGUUCAUGUAAUGACAAAGAAGGCUGGUUACUUCAAAAUCAAGGACUUCGUUAGAGAUGACCCUUCUUUCAAGUACUUGGGAGUUUGUAACUGCUGCUUUUAUAUUGGCAACACCAACACAAUUAAGGUCAUUGACAUUAACUUUGUGCUAGAAGAUGGCGGAUGCACUACUUUAGAACCCACUCCAGAAAAGAUUUUGACUUAUUAAAUUGGAGAAUAGUGUAAGUUACAUGGAUUUUUCGAGAACAAAUUCGCCAAAGAGCAACUUUAUAUGAUCUGCCUGGUCGAGACUGAAGACAACUAAAUUGAUUUUGCAAGGCUUUACUUCUGGAGCAGACAAAUUGAAAAAGGAGAUCUCGGUUUCCUUCAAUACACUGAAGUAGUCCAUAGAGAUGUGAAACUUGAUCCCAUUAUUAAAUACAAGCAGAUCAUUCAUUAAUCUCAGUUCUAAUUCGGAGUAGCACUCAGAGAUUCUGGAAAGGUAGACUUUUAUUGGAACUCAACAAGAGUUAGUACCUCCGAAGAAGUCUUCUCUGACAUUGAAAUAAACUUCGAAAGUAUCUACUUGAUCAAGAAAGCUUAAGAUGGUGAGCCAGAAAAGAAAGUAGUCAUCCACACUAAGUGGGAUACUAGAGUCUCCAUGAUGGUAGCUGAAGACUUUACCUGUACUCCUCAGGAAUGGACGAAACUCUUUUACAGAUCAAUUUCCAAUCACUUCAAAUUCUACCCUUCAUAUUGUCUCAUCAACACCUCUUUCUUCUUAGCUCACGGAAAUAUCAUUUCUCUGUUCGAUAUUAUCAAAAAAGAAUGGGUGAAGCACUUCUUUGUGGAGGAGAAGGUAUUGAAGGUUUUCAGAAAUGAAAAAGUUGAUCAUGUUUAUAACCUUGGUGCUUACCUAGACAACGGCAGAAUCAAGCUCAUUGACUCAGAGGACACCUCUGAUCCAAGCAUGUGGGAGAUGAAACUUAACAAGUACGGAACCAAAGGUGAGUUGAUCUCAAUGGCCUGCGAUAUGGAGCACUACAGAAUGCUUUACAUCAUUACCAACGAUGCUGGAACAAUUAAUCUUUAUGGUUUCACCAGAGAGACUCUCUAUAUCUUUAACACUCUUGUGCACGAACUAAAGGCUGAGACUAUCAUUGUACCCUUCUUCUCACCUGCUGAAAGAACUGAGUUCAUUCUCUACAACUAAGCUCCAGGUGAUGUCAGAGUUUACACUCACUAUUGGGCUAACAAUGCUGAUGGAGUGCUCACUUUCUAUCUCACACUAGUCAAGCACUAUACAAUUGCAAACCCUACAGCUGUCAAAGGAAAUGUUCAUGCUUGCAUGAGUACUGACAAGGAGAAGUUCCUGUUCUUGAUUGAUCAAACCAACUUCUACAAGCUUAAUGUUCAAACAAAAUAAAUUGUAACAUACACAGAUUAGAAUGUUAUUGGACUUUAAUUCCUUGAUAAUACAUUCUGCUACACAAUGACAAACAAAUCUACCAAGAGAGAUCAGUAUGGUUUCUAUGUUUAUGACAUUCAGUAAUUGCUUGAUCAAGAGAAGGAUAACAACUUCAUUCUUGAUACAUCUCUAGUAGGAUAAAACGGCCUGAUAGAUUUCAGUGGCGAUAACCAAAGACUUUCAUACAUGAAAGAUUAUGACACCAUCUAAAUCGUCCCAAGUUUACAUAGAAAUGUUAUAAACUUCAUGGGUAUGCUUGAUAGAAAUCAAUACUUAGCUACUAAGAAAAUGAAGGAUAAGUUCAUUGCUCUUGACAAGAGAAACGUAUUAACUACCUGGAAUUCAGUAACUGGUAAAUUAGAAAACGUCCAAAAGCUAAAGGAUGUCGACCUAUCUCAAUACGACAUUUUCGCUUAUGAAGAUUAAGAUAUCAUUUGGAAAAUGGACUGGUACCAACCCAGAGCUUUGCUGAUUCAAAGAGAUCCAUUAGAAAACAUGACUGAUGAUACAUUCUAUGAUCCAGAUAUGCUAAGAACUUCUCUUGAGAAUAACAAGCCAUAUAUCAAGAUCAUGGGCAAGAAAUUCCAUAACUUCAAACUCAUUGAGAUCGUGAAUGAAUUUGAAGUAAAGGAACAUUUUACCUUUAUUCAUCCAUUCUAUGGUAAAGGUUCUUAUCAAAGAAUCUUCAUCAGUGAAAAUCUAGAGUACAUGUUUGAAAGACUUGUGAACUAGAGAUGCUUCCUUUAUCAGAAACACAAGGGAAUGUUCUAACAAGUCAAAUGGAAGCUCGCAAAGAGAUUGACUCAAUGGCCUAUGGAUAUGAGUGAAUGCACAUACGCUAACUACUUGUUCUCUCCUGAUCUAAUGUACUAUUUGGAUUAUGAUAGAAAGAAGAAUGAAUUUGUAAUCAAGGAAUCACUGACUCAAAAAGUUAGACAAUCUAUUCCCAAAGGUCUAAUGAACCCAGCUGAAGGUGAUGUCAAGAAGUACGCUCAACAUUUUAAGUGGAUUGAUUCAAGAACCAUUAAAUUCGUUAACAGUGAAGGUAUUGAAAAAAUUGUCGACAUUAUGGAUGGUUUCAAGGAAAUUGCUUACGCAGCAGUACCACUUUUUAAAGACGAAAAGGAUUACAAACAUUACUAUUUCUACAGAAAGCCUUUAGAACUUGGAGAUACAUUACAAAGAUUAAAGACUAAGUACCAGAGAUACAAGGAUGUUUAUUACCUAGAUAAUAAGAGAUAGCCAUGGUAAAUCUAUGACAAACUAUUUGAUGUUGAUUUCUCAAUCGAUGCUUGCAAGUACAAGUACGUUAUUGAUCUUAGUUUCACAUUUUUGCAUUGGAGACUUGCAGAAACUAUUAGAUCUCAGCCUGACUUUACUCUAGAUGACAUUGACAACUCACAACUUGAAUUGUUAGCUUAUAACAUUUUCCCUUGGUGCAACACUGUUUUGCAUUAUGGUACAAAGAGAUAAGAAAUCAUCAAACAAAUCUAUUAAUAGUCUGAAGUUGAAAACGAACAGUUUGAGAUUCCAUUCAUCAACAACUUGAAUGGAGAAUCACCUAUGCAUUAAUGUAUGAAUGAUAGGGAAUUCAAAACAGCAGACCUUUUAUUCGAGAAACUUGCUCAUGCUCCCAUUGAUCAUCACAGCAGAGCUAUUGGCUGGACUGUCAGUAUGGCUAUUGAUUAAGGACUUACAAAUGUCAAUGCCUAUAUUGAAGCAAGAUUCCUUUAAACUGAGCAAAUAAAGACAAUAAGAAGAGGAAACUUAAAUCUCUAAGGAAGAAUGUUGUAUUCCUAAACUUAAGCUUAAUUGUGGAUGGAUGUUAAGGAGAUAGAAACCACUCUUUUUAAAGAGUCUCCAGUUGAGCAAGAUAUUUAGUUGGAGUUCCUUGAUUUACCCAAGCUACAUUGCUAUGGAAACAAAACUACUGAUGCCUUUUUCGAUGCUCUCUCAAACACAGAUAGCAUUGAGCUAUUCGCUAAUAGAGGUGUCUAAACUAUUAUUGACUAUAAGUGGAAACUUGCCAAAGAAUAUACCAUUAAAAGACUUUUUGUGCCUUUCAUAUUCUUCAUGAUAGUUUACUUUGUUUAUUCUAACUUCAUAUUCCCAGUAAGAUUCCAUGAAAAAGAGUCUGAAUACAAUAAAAUUGGUGAUUAUGAUUACGCUUUCUAUGUUUUAGGACCUUCUAUCCUCUUGGUUUCAACUUAUUUCUUGGUCACUGAGUUGAGAUAACUAUUCAGUCAAAAUAACUGGGCAGAAUACUUCUCUUCCAUCUGGAAUUACUUCGAUAUCAUUCCACCUAUUGUUAUUCCUUUGAUUGUGAUCCAAGAUUUCCUCAGAGUUAAGUAUGACUUCCAGCACACAAUCCACUCAUUCGCUUCAAUGUUCAUGUGGUUCAAGUUCCUCUAUUUCCUUAGAAUCUACAAAGAAACUGGAUAUCUCAUUAGAAUGAUUGUUGAAGUCGUGAAAGACAUGAGAAUUUUCUUCGUUGUAUUGAUUGUAGUCUUGUGCGCAUUUGCUGAUGCCUUCUUGAGUCUUUCAAAUGCUAAUUCCGAUGAGAAAGUGUAAUUCGCUGGAACUGAUUUCUUCAGUGCUUUACUAUAUUCCUAUAGAACUAGUUUAGGAGACUUCCAAGCAGAAAGUUACAACGAUUCAGUUCAAGGACUAUCCGUUUGGAUUAUCUUCCUACUCUCCACUAUUCUUGUGCUUAUUGUCAUGUUGAAUCUCUUGAUUGCUAUUAUUUCAGAAUCAUUUGCCAAGAUCAAUGAUGUUGCUGAACAAGCUAGUUACCAAGAGAGAGCUAGAAUCAUUUCUGAGAACUCUUACCUUAUCCCAGCUGCUAGAGCUCUAACCUUCUCUGACAAGAAGAAGUACAUGCUCGUUGCUAGAGAAAUCGAGAUUGACAAGAGUAGUAAUGAUGAGGUCCAUGAACUCAAGGAAAGAGUUAUCAAACUUGAGAACACUCUCAAUGAGAAACUUGACAAGAUUCUUGCUGCUGUCAAGAAAGAUUGA